CUCACAGCGGUGGUAAGAGCGGAGAUUUAACAGCUAUCAGUGACCUGAGCAGUGAUGUGAAAUAUAUAAAUCGUCAAGCCUUAAUAUAAAUAUUAGUGUGGAUGUACCAAGCAGCGUACCCUCAUCACAAAAUGGAGAUUCUUAACAUACCAAUUGGAGAAAGGAUUCUGGAGCACAAGGUGUUUGAGGGCAGCAAAUUCCCAGACAUUUGUCCUGGAAAUGUGUCCGACCAUUUGGAGAAGAUCCGGAAUAUGGAAUGUCGUCAUGAUGAUGUUUUUAUUAUGUCAUACCCCAGAAGCGGGACACAUUGGUUAAGAGAAAUCGUCGCCAUGUUGAUGAAGGGCAAAGCGGAAUACAUAGUAAAUGAUAACAUUGACUUCCCUUUGGAACUUUUGGAUAUGCAUACUAUCGAGAACGAGGCCUCCCCAAGGAUUUUCUAUUCUCAUAUGCCGUUUCGUUAUUUGCCGCGGGAUCAUUUGGCGAGGAAUGGGAAAGUGAUCGGAUGUUUUCGAAAUCCAAAGGACGUCAUGACGUCAGCUUUUCAUUUCUUCAAUAACGUUUCAUUUGAGGUUGAGUGGGAUAUUUACUUCAAUGUUUUACUGGAGGGAAAUGGUCCGUACGGCUGUUGGUUUGCCUGGAGAGAUCAAUGGGAGAAGACUUUGGAUCAACAGACAGAAAUGCAGCCCCUCACACUAACGUACGAGGAUACCAGCAGGAAUUUAGAAGGACAAGUGCGCAGAAUCGCUGAAUAUCUGGGCGUGACCUACACCGACAACUUGAUAGCGGACAUCACAUAUGCGUGUGAGUUCAACAACAUGAAAUCUGCAAAGAGUCAAACAAAAUCGAACAUGAUGAAAAGAAUAAAAGAUGCCGUUCAGGACUUGGAGAAUACUUCAUCAGAGGACAUCAACAAAAACAGAGGGGGACACAACACAAUUAUUCGAAAAGGGACAGUUGGAGAUUGGAAAACGCUUUUUACGAUGGAACAGAGACAAAAACUCAACACAUUAUAUAAAAAUCGGACAACACCUGGCAGUAGAUUAGAUUUCAAGGACUACCUUGAAGACGACUAAUGAACAAUAUCAAUAUUUAUGUACUGUUAUUUAUGCAUUGUUUUUAAACGGUUAUGAAUUCACUUCGCGUUUUCCAUUUAAGUUUAACUGUGACUGAUCCCAGAUAGCGAAAAUCACUUAUAUUUCGCAAAUUCCACAGCGAAACAAAAGGAGAGCGAAAAUUAUUCAGAUUCCGAAUUCGCUGUCCUGCUGUUACUUCCACAUGAAAAUAUCAUGGCUACACAGAGAAUAUUGUAGUAAAACACGUUACCAGGACCGAGUGCUAUGAGGCCGUAUUGUAGGUUUGCUUUAUAUAUUGAUAUAUACAUAUAUAUAUUUACAUUUGCCCCCGCGCCGUCCCAUUACAAC